AGAGCACACGACGGAGAUUGUAAAACUUCAUUUGCCUCAUUCGAUCGGGGGAAGCCGAAAAACAGAAGCAACGUCAACAGGUGAAGAAUAGCGGGAACGAAACAGGGAAGACGUUCGAAGCGAGCAAAGUGUCCCAGAGUUCUCAAGCGGGCAGCAGCGUGAAUUACUGCGAGAGCUGCACGCUGGCUGGGGAAGCUAUUCUUCAGGCGAUAAAUGCGAUCGAGCAGGUCUUCCUGGAGAAUAAAUUAAUUUCUGUCGCCGUCACUGAGAAAGACGAAUGCAAGAACGACAUUUACGAGAAGACUCAGUGGGCUGUGAUGAGCAGGCUGACGAAAGGAAUAGGAACGGACGUGGAGACGGCGCUAAGAAUGGCGAACGAGAGCAAUUUGAGGGCACAGGCCGCCAGACGAGAUCACGACCACGCGAUUCGGCAGCUACGGGCCAGCUUGACGACGCAGGAGAAACGAACGGACGCGUUGCACGCCGAGAAUAUGCAGUUAAAGAAUCUACUAGAGAAUGCCAAAGAAGAGCGCGAAAGGGAUGCACAAGAGAGUGGAGCACUGAAGGAACGGAACGAGACGUUGAAAGAAACCCUGGAGAAUAUUCGCAGACAGAUGUCGAUGCUUGAUAAGUAUAAAAAAAAAGUGCUAUACAGGGGAGCCGGCGAAAAUAACAUUUUGCAAAGUCAGGCGGUUACGCUGGUCGAGAGCAAAUUGGAGCUGGAGAAGACCGUGAUCGGACUCCGAAAGGAAAUCGUCGACACCCGUGAUGCGUAUCUCGAGGCGGAACGACGUUGCCGAGCACUUCUAGACGAAUCGUGCAAGCGGAACGAAUCGUUGAAGGAAGAUUACGAGGGAACGGUGGCGAGGCUUCAACAGGAGAUCGCGUCUCUGCGCAAUUCGCUGAUCUCGAUCGGGAGAGAGAACGAGAGAAACGCGAACGACGGUGGUACGAUGAAAACGAACCGAGAGGAUACCGUUUUGAAGCCUGAGGACGAUCCUGUGGCAGACAUGACGCAGCAACUGAUCUCGAAUCGCGAGAAGAUCGAGAUGCUGUCGCGGCAGAACGAUCGGCUGUCGAAAACACUGUGCCGAUUACGGGAGUAUCGGGGCCAAGUCACGACGAAUCGGUCCAACAAAUGA